UUGCUUCAGAAAGACAUGGGAAUUGAGCGUUAAGGACAUUGGGCUGUUAGAAGUUGGAAGCAAGAUCUUAAGCACCUUGUUUAAAACUUGGCGGGGUUCUCUUCUCUGUCAUUUCAAUCUUCCGCCAAAACCUUAAGCUAAAGCCUGCUCUAGAAACAGAGAAAAUCCCUCUCUCCCUCGCAUUCCCAGGCUACUUCACAGUUUCUCUUAUGCAAAAUCAUAGAAAUGAAAGCUAUAAGAUCAAUUUACUACACCCAUAAACACUUCCUUCUCCUUAAUCCCACCAGAAUCCCUAUUUCCAUCUCCUUCCUUUCCCGCCAUUUCCACUUAACCAACCCCCGGUUCGCUCUAAAUUUCCCUGAAACCGAUGGAACCGACAAAACCCCUCGUGUGUGGACCGUCUACGAGCCACUUACCGGUGAGCUCUCCAUCCGUAGCAGCAAACAGAAAAGCACUAACCAGGACGUGGAGUCGGGUUCCGGAGACGAAGAAAAUGCGGAUUUCGAGACUGAGAGGACUUAUGGGAAGGCCAAAAAUGCUAAUUGGAGCAAUGGAACCAAAAUCCACAAGGGAUUCUCAGGUUCUAACGAUAGGGCUCGUUAUUCUCCCAAGGAGAACACUGAUGGGAUGAGCCGAAAGAAGACGUUUUCGGUUAAUGGGUUGGGACUGGACAUAGUUGGGAAUAAGAAGAAAGGGAAAGGUAAAGUUAGGUGGGUUUGUGAGGAUUGUGGAUACUCAGAUGGACAGUGGUGGGGAGUUUGCCGUUCUUGUGAUCGUUCUGGGACGAUGAAGAGGUUUACGGAAGGAGAGACUAAGAACAGAGGGUUAGAAUUUUCGGAAACUGUGUUGCGGUCUUGGCUCCCAAAGGAUGCAGGGGAUGUGGAACCGGUUAGAUUGAUGGAUGUUAACUGUGGGAUUAAGAAGAUGGAUUACCGGAUUCCACUGCUUGGACCCUUUGGUAAUGAAGUUGCUAGGGUGCUUGGUGGUGGCCUUGUUCCAGGUUCAUUGGUUUUGAUUGGUGGUGAUCCUGGUGUUGGAAAGAGUACCUUACUGUUGCAGAUGGCUGCUUUAAUUGCUGAGGGGCAAGACUCAGAUGAACCUGCUUCUGUAGUAUAUGUCUCUGGCGAAGAGAGUGUUGAACAAAUUAGCAGCAGAGCUGAACGCAUGAAGAUUGGAGCAAAUGAUCUUUUCCUAUACUCUGGAACGGAUAUUGAGGACAUAUUGAUGAAAAUUCAGCCCCUCUCGCCUCGGGCUCUAAUUGUUGAUUCAAUUCAAACGGUGUAUUUAAAGGAAGUUACUGGAAGUGCUGGAGGUCUCUCACAGGUUAGGGAAUGCACAUCAGCUUUGCUGCGGUUUGCAAAAAAAACCAACAUCCCAGUUCUUUUGGUUGGGCAUGUUACAAAAUCUGGUGAUAUAGCAGGACCUCGUGUCUUGGAGCACAUUGUAGAUGCUGUCUUAUAUCUGGAAGGGGAAAAGUGCUCAUCUCAUCGUUUGCUUCGAUCUGUGAAGAAUCGUUUUGGGUCAACUGACGAGCUUGGAGUAUUUGAAAUGUCACAAUUGGGACUGCAAGCUGUUUCAAACCCCAGUGAGAUGUUUUUAAGUGAUCAGAACUCAGAUUCAGAGUUUUUAGCUGGACUUGCUGUUGCAGUGAUUAUGGAUGGAUCUCGGGCUUUCCUUAUUGAAAUUCAGGCAUUGUGUGUAUCUAGCUCAACAGUUUCUAGGCAUGUUAAUGGAAUCCAAGCAAGCAGAGCUGACAUGAUUAUCUCCGUCCUUGCCAAGCAAGCUGGUCUAAAGAUCCAAGAAAAUGCUGUUUUUCUAAAUGUUGUCAGUGGAGUGUCAUUGACAGAGACUGCUGGGGAUCUUGCAAUAGCAGCAUCAAUUUGUAGCAGCUUCUUAGAGUUUCCUAUUCCCAAUGGAGUUGCGUUCAUUGGUGAAAUUGGCCUUGGUGGUGAGCUUCGCAUGGUACCGAGGAUGGACAAAAGAGUAAGCACGGUUGCAAAACUGGGAUAUAAGAAGUGUAUUGUGCCCAUGUCAGCUGAGAAAUCAUUAGCAACUCUUGAUUGUGGGGAAAUGGAGAUUAUUGGCUGCAAGGAUUUGAAGGAGGUCAUCAAUAAUGUCUUCACUAAACACUGAAAGAGUUGGACAUCAUUGGUCCAGAAAAUAUGUAUCACAUCCUCUGUAUGCUUUGAUUUACUUAGUUGUAUUUGUAUGUAAUUCCCAUCAUGUCAGUGGACAUCUAAAGAAUUAAAAAUUUGACCCAAAGGAUUUCAACUUUA